AUGUCUGUACAACUCACUCCCUCCAAGCAGGCUGCUUCCUCCCUCGAGAACCUCAAGAUGAGCGACUCGCCUGUCAAGAAGCUCAAUUUCGGUGGCAAGGAGAACGCGCCUGCCGCCGUUGACGUGACUGCCGACAAGCCCGUCGAGAAGCCCGUCGAAGCCCCCAAGGUUGCGCCCGGUAUCAAGGAGAUGGAGGCCAGCGAGCCUCUGCUUCAGGAAAAUCCCCACCGUUUCGUCCUUUUCCCCAUCAAGUACCAUGAGAUCUGGCAGAUGUACAAGAAGGCCGAGGCCUCUUUCUGGACCGCCGAGGAAAUUGAUCUGUCCAAGGAUUUGCACGACUGGCACAACCGCCUGAACGACGACGAGCGCUACUUCAUCUCCCACGUUCUCGCGUUCUUCGCUGCCUCCGAUGGCAUUGUCAACGAGAACCUUGUCGAGCGCUUCAGCGGCGAGGUCCAGGUUCCCGAGGCUCGUUGCUUCUACGGAUUCCAGAUCAUGAUGGAGAACAUCCACUCCGAGACCUACUCUCUCCUGAUUGAUACCUACAUCAAGGAGCCCAAGCAGCGCACCUACCUCUUCGACGCUAUUGAUACUAUCCCCUGCAUUGCCAAGAAGGCCGAUUGGGCCAUUAAGUGGAUCCAGGACAGGGAGUCGACCUUCGCUCAGCGUCUCGUUGCUUUCGCUGCCGUUGAGGGUAUCUUCUUCUCCGGUUCCUUCGCUUCCAUCUUCUGGCUCAAGAAGCGUGGUCUCAUGCCUGGUCUCACCUUCUCCAACGAGCUCAUCUCUCGUGACGAGGGUCUGCACACCGACUUCGCUUGCCUGCUGUUCUCCCACCUGAACAACCGCCCCAGCAAACAGGUUGUUGAAGACAUCAUCGUCGAGGCCGUCGGCAUUGAGCAGGAGUUCCUGACUGACGCUCUGCCCGUUGCUCUGCUGGGCAUGAACUCCAAGCUGAUGUGUCAGUACAUCGAGUUUGUCGCGGACCGCCUGCUGGUGGCCCUCGGCAACAAGAAGUACUACAACGCCACCAACCCCUUCGACUUCAUGGAGUCGAUCUCGCUGGCGGGUAAGACCAACUUCUUCGAGAAGCGGGUAGGUGACUACCAGAAGGCUGGUGUCAUGGCCAGCACGAAGAAGGAAGAGGAGGUCAAGACCAACAGCAACGGCCUCAGCUUCGAUGAAGACUUCUAA